CUUAGAAAGUACUCCGCCAAAAAUUUACCAGAGAUACUCAAUUGUACGCAGCAAAAACCAUCAUGACCUAGACAAUAAAACCUGCGCAAAUUCGCCCCAACAAUGGCUGCCACUUGUUUCCUUGUUUUCUUCUCUCCUGCAUGUGUCGGUGAUUGAAUCUCAAAUCUUGUCCACCUUUUUCUCGCCAACUGUACCCACAGUUUUCCUCCAAAGUACAGACAAGAGUUUUAUAGGCAUUGAAGUACCUAAUGUACCUCUCUACCUCUCUGCUAAGGUCGUGUGUAUCCCGGGCCCGGGGCGCACGACCGACAACCCUCGCCGCCGCCGCCGCCAGGCCACUCCUAUCGGCACGGCAGACCCGGCAAAGUUCGCAUUCUCCCCUGGGCACCCCGCUGGCCAACCCACGCAAGAAAGUCACCCUUGGUACCUUGCGGGCCUUGCAUAAGAAGGGCGAACCCAUCACAAUGAUCACAGCACACGAUUUCCCGAGUGCUCAUGUCGCCGAUCAUGCCGGCAUGGAUGUAAUUCUCGUUGGAGACAGCCUUGCUAUGGUAGCCUUGGGCAUGGAGGACACCAGUGAAAUCCUAUUGGACGAGAUGUUGCUGCACUGCAAGUCUGUCGCCCGGGCCACCAAAGGGGCAUUUACGGUCGGCGACCUUCCAAUGGGAUCGUAUGAGAUUUCUCCAGAGCAAGCUCUGGCUAGCGCCAUCCGGUGCAUCAAGGAGGGGCGGGUGCAGGGCGUCAAGCUGGAAGGCGGCAAGGAGAUGUUUGCCACUAUCCAGAAAAUCACCCAAGCCGGCAUCCCGGUCCUUGGCCAUAUCGGCUUGACCCCCCAAAGACAGAACGCUCUAGGUGGCUUUAGGGUACAGGGCAAGACAUCUAAUGGCGCCAUGAAAAUCCUCGAGGAUGCCCUGGCUGUCCAGGAAGCCGGAUGCUUCGCCGUAGUCGUCGAGGCUGUGCCCGCCGAAGUCGCCAGCAUAAUCACCAAAAAGUUGUCGAUUCCAACCAUCGGCAUUGGCGCUGGAAAUGGCUGCUCGGGCCAGGUUCUUGUCCAGGUUGACAUGUCGGGGAACUUCCCACCAGGAAGAUUCCUUCCGAAAUUUGUCAAGAAGUACGGUGAUGUCUGGUCGGAGAGUCUGAAAGCCAUCGAAACCUAUCGAGACGAGGUGAAAAGCAGACAAUACCCCGCCCCAGAGCACACCUAUCCUCUUCCCAAGGAUGAGUUGGAUGCCUUUGCCAAGUCAGUCGAACAAGCGUGAGAGCACUUCAUCGCCCCAGACCCAUCGGUUUUUAUCCAGUUUUGCAGCUGGGUUCCGUGGGGUAAGAGACGGAAUUGUCUCAUUGCAUAAGUGGCGUUUGGUGGCAUUUUGGACGGUACCUAUGCGCGUGAUAGCGUCUGUUUUUGGAUACCAUAAUCUUGUUCUCCUUA